AUCAGCCAUCCCUUCGCCCGCGAGCAGCAGCAGCAGCAAGCGGAAGCUGAUGCUAUCAUCAGAGAGCGCAAAACAGAGAUAGUUCCUUUCCCCUCUCUCUCUCUCUCGAUCGCUGUCACUUGUCAAAUUCUAUUCGAAAUAUCGAUCCUUUUGGAUUAUCUGUCUAUGGUGAUAUCUGCAUAGAUGGCGUCGGCCCUCUUCACCAAGGCCUCUCUGGGUCUUCGCUUCCUCCAUUCCUCACUCCCCCGCUCCCACCACCAGUCCCCUCGAAUCUUCUCUUCCCUUCUCGCUAAGAGGUCAUUUUACUUCCAAGCUGGGACAAGGAUUUCCUCCAUCAGACCAACUUCAAGUGGGCGGGCUUCUUAUGUAAUGGCUUCUUCGGGGAUUGGAACUUCUGUCAAUUACUCAACACAGUCAGUGUCCCCCAGUGAACCUGUUGUGUCGGUUGAUUGGCUUCACGCAAACCUCAGAGAACCUGACUUGAAGGUGUUGGAUGCAUCAUGGUAUAUGCCAGAUGAGCAAAGGAAUCCCCUUCAGGAGUACCAGGUGGCUCACAUUCCCGGCGCACUCUUCUUUGAUGUAGAUGGAAUAGCAGACCGAACAACGAAUUUACCUCACAUGUUGCCAUCGGAGGAAGCUUUUGCUGCAGCUGUCUCUUCUCUCGGCAUUGAGAACAGAGAAGGACUUGUUGUUUACGAUGGGAAGGGAAUAUUCAGUGCAGCUCGUGUCUGGUGGAUGUUCCGAGUGUUUGGGCAUGAGAGAGUCUGGGUUUUAGAUGGAGGUCUCCCGAGAUGGCGAGCUUCGGGUUAUGAUGUUGAGUCAAGUGCAUCCGGUGAUGCUAUUCUGAAAGCCAGUGCUGCCAGUGAGGCGAUUGAGAAAGUUUAUCAGGGGCAACCGGUGGGCCCAAUCACAUUCGAGACUAAGUUUCAGCCACAUCUUGUCUGGACACUCGAGCAGGUUAGAAGCAACAUUGAGAAUAAGACUCACCAGCACAUAGACGCCAGAUCUAAACCCAGAUUUGAUGGUGCUGCUCCGGAGCCUCGGAAGGGCAUAAGAAGUGGUCACGUUCCUGGAAGCAAGUGUAUUCCUUUCGCACAGAUGUUGGAUGGUUCGCAGACACUGCUACCAGCUGAUGAGCUUAAAAAACGGUUCGAUCAAGAAGGCAUCUCUCUGGAAACGCCCGUUGUUACUUCGUGUGGUACUGGUGUGACCGCUUGCAUCCUUGCUCUGGGCCUGCAUCGUCUUGGGAAGAAUGAUGUUGCAGUGUAUGAUGGUUCUUGGACUGAAUGGGGAGCUAAACCCGAUACACCUGUCGAUACUGCUACUUAAUGUGAAGUGGAGGAAUCCUAAAAGGAUCCUGGGAGGAACUUCUCGUUCAGCAUUAGGGAGCACUCUGCACGUUUCAGAUUGUGAAAAGAUUUGACAUCGAGAAUCACUGCCAUCUUGUGUUUAUAUGGUGAUUUUGUCAUCGGAACGGUUCAAAAUAAAUAGUUCACUCAUGUGAGAAGAAGCAAAAGAUUGAACUCUUUGAUUUUUUGUAUCA